AUGGCUUGGAGGCGUUUUUCCUUGAGGGAGGGGAAGGGUCGUCUCGAGCGUGUCGUGCUGGCGUCGGCCGAAAGCUACGCUCAGGCACAGGAGAACGAGGGAGGAGGCGGGUCGUGGGACGUCACUUUCGAUACCGCUGGACACCGAAACUUCAUGCAAAGGGGGUCCUACUCGCUGGGCAUCGGAGCCAUUCUACCCUAACGUUGGUCGCCAGCGGUGCUCAGUCGCCGACCGUUGACGCGUUGUUAUUGUUGUUACUGUUGUUGUGGUUGGACGGGGGGGGUACUCAUCAUGUAAACGCAUACCGGUACUUGUAUGCCGUAGUCGUUAGCCCAUUGGCCUCGCAUCCCUACAACGCGCGGUUGAACAAGGGAAAACCGCGUGAAAACCCCAAGUAUUUGUAGGUGCUCGUUUUUCUCGGCGACAAUGCCACAGAGACUGGUGUCGUCGUUUGCCACCUGCAAGCGCCGGAGAUAGAUGCCGUUGACUUGCGGGCAGGUUCGCGGAAAGGAACCGUCCGGCUUUUGACAGCGGUUCGUUGUGGACACAAUCCAGCGUCGUGGUGUACCAGUGCACACGGAUUACAUAGGUGAACUAGUCUAGGCACAAGGUAAUCAUGUACGUACAAGACAGCAUAUUUGUUGGGAUGUGCGCGAAGAGAGGGAGUCGUCGCCGACAGACUUUGGGGAGAUUGUACCCUUUGUGGGGAUGUCCACAUGGGGGUAGAUCAUGUUGUUGUACCCACACUUCGCAUUUUUUUCUGGUUUGGGGAGGACACAUAAAAAAGGAAGAGCGCUGGCUGGAGGGACGUGCGGAUGUAGCAUCCUCGUGUUGGUUCGUGUGCACGCAUGUUCGAGUCACCUGCACCAGACCCAGUCACAUUCUCAUCCUUCUCCAGUUCUUGUGGGGUACACUACGAGCGGUGGGGGGGCGGGCACAAACGACACGUUUUUCCAAGUCUCGCACUCUGCUCUACAGCACCUACUCGCCGAAUGUACUUCACGUGUCUUCUUUUGGUUUAUUUUUGCCUUUAGAUGAUGCGAAACAAGUGGCCAAGGGCGUGCGGUGGGGUAGGUAGGUGGCGUUGUGAUGCUAUCGCACUAUGCAUAGCUAGCAUGCACCCUUUCCUGAAGCGGUAACCGCGGUGGUUUAGGGUCUGGUGUGCUUGACGGUCUGUGGGAAAUGCGAGGUAUGCCUUUCUUCCGUGAAGUCCGAUGCGUGCACGGUAAGAAACCA